ACCUGGCUGAGCGAUGCCGAAGAUAAGGAUCAAGCAGACGCCAAACAGUCUCUGGUUAAGGCAACGCGAGCUGGGUGUGAGGUUCCCGCUGGGCCACAGCGACGACUUCCACAGGACUCUCUACUCCUCCAUCCAGCCCAUCACCUCGUGGGACCACGGGGAUAAUCUGACCGCCGCGAGGCACGGCGGUGUGUUCAAUUUGGAAUACUCGCCAGAUGGGUCCCUCUUGCUGGCGGCAUGCGAGAAGAAGAGUAUUUUAAUGUUUGACCCGUUAUGUAGGAAAUUGAUACACGCGAUAGAUAACGCUCACAAUGACUGCGUCAAUUGCGUAAGGUUCCUGGAUCAGCGUAUGUUCGCGACUUGCUCGGACGACAGUACGGUCGCUCUGUGGGACGCCAGGAACUUGAAGCAGAGAAUAAGAACUCUUCAGGGACACUCCAAUUGGGUUAAAAACAUAGAAUACAGUCCGAGCGACAGCUUAUUACUGACCAGUGGAUUUGACGGUAGCAUAUAUACUUGGGAUAUUAAUAGUUUUACAGAAAAUAGCUUUGUGUACAAUCGUGUGUUUCAUACAAAUGGACUAAUGCGAACAAGACUAACUCCGGACACUAGCAAAAUGUUAAUAUGCACCACUUCAGGAUAUCUCAUCAUAAUACACAAUCUUAAACUAAGUACGCUAAGUCAGGAUUUGGCAGGAUUCAAGCCAAAUAUGUACAGGCUAAUGCAAUUGUCUCAGACUACCAUACCGGUCGCAGCGAGUUACACGCAUCUCUUUGCUCACACUCGUACUCACAACAGAGUAGAGUUCCUUACCGAUUUCCCAAUAGGCGACGACGCUGAGGUGAUAUCGAGUUUACAAGUUCAUCCGCAGGGAUGGUGCGCCUUGUCCCGAAACGUCAGCAGCGGCGAAAAAUCGGAGUGGACUUGUAUUCACGACAUACAAGAGCGCGAGGCGUCCAGCAGUGUGGAGCAGGUCAACGAGGGGGAGGAGGGCCGCCUAACGAGUCUGAACGUGGAAGAGUUCGACGACUUCCCUCAGUCGCAAUCAUCGCGCUCGGGAAUGGCGUCUUCCUUCGUGAUAGAGAAUGGGAAUCGUGCCCGGAUAGUGCACGACGUCUCGGACGUGAGGUCGAACUCGUUUGACUCGCCUAUUCGCGUGUCCGCCGCGGACGCCGCGCCGUCGUCGAUCAGGUCGUCGAGAACGGGCUGGCAGGUAACGGCGCGCAGGAAUCUGCGCUCGCAGUCGAGGAGCCCGCGACCGGAUAGAAACGCGGUGAGGACGAAUUUCGACAUGGUCGAGGUCAAUUCGAGCACGAGCCGCGCCGCCGCCGCCGAUUCGAGAGUGAACGCGAUUCACGACGACGACGACCGACCGGAGGAUCAGCACGUGGACGACAACGACAAUUCGGCGCACGAUGCGUCGGCCGACGAGAGGGAUCCGCGGGAGUACAGAUCCCCCAGGUCGCACUCUCAGCUCAACGACCUGCGGCGGCGCAAUAUGAUCGACAAUUUCACCAGCGGCAACGUCGAGCUGCACGUGAGCACGACCGACGUGUGGGAGGCGCUCGUGGCGAUCAGGGAGGCCAGACUACGCAGGGAGCGGGAGAGGCAGUUUUAUCCCGGUGCCGAGAGGAGGGACUGGCUGCCGAGGGCGAACAACGGCGUGAGCGUGAAUCUACCGCGAUCGUCCCACACGGUCGUGAUAAUCGGCGACCGUACGCGGGUGCAGAAUCUGCAGAACCGGCAAAAUUUGCAGACCAUGUACGCGAUACCGAGGAAUCACAAGAUCCACCAGAACACGCCCAGGUUGACGCAUUACAUCGAGGAGCCCAACGUCGGUUCCGGUUACAUCAAGGAGCUCUGCUUCUCGGCCGACGGUAGAUUGAUAUGCUCGCCGUUCGGCUAUGGGGUACGAUUGCUGGCGUUCUCGAGUGGCUGCGCCGAGCUGUCCAAUUGCGUCCCACCCGCCAACGAGUCCGUGCAGCUUCACGAAUUGGCGACGCACAUUGGCCAUUCCGAUAUUGUUGUUAGCACGAAAUUCUCACCCAAGCACUACCUGCUCGUGUCCGGCUGCCUCAGCGGCAAGAUCGUCUGGCAUCAGCCGGUGGUUUAGCUAAAUUACUUUAGGCACCUUGUUAUUUUUCAUUAAUCGGUCUCUUGGUAGGUAGAUAUAUUUUGCUGCUUUGUACAAGAUCACGCUGACCAUGCAACGUGUGUGAGAAUCUUUUUGUUAAUAUUAUAUAAUUUAUAUGAUUAUAUA